AUGUCACAGAAGCGGAAACUACCGUCGUGGGCGGAGGGGAAAGGGCCGGGGGCAGCGGUGGUGAAGGGCGCGGAUCAGAUGGUGGCGGCCCCCGGCCACACUCGCGACUUUUCUUUCCGCCGCGACGUGCAAGCUACAUCACUCUUCCGUGCCAUACCAGUGCUCGCGCAAGACAUCUACGCGCGCUUCCCCGGGAAGGUGGUUUAUCGUCGCGAGCACAACGGCGUGGAGGCAGCAGCAACGGAGCUCUACGCGGCUGUGAAGAACGGCGCCAACGGCAGUGGCAGAGCGGCGGUGGGGCUGGACUGCGAGUGGAAACCCAAGUGGGGGAAAGGUGGUCCCGAGAAUCCCUGUGCGCUCUUACAGCUCUGUGCCAACGCGGACGUUUGCUAUCUCUUUCAUCUCAAGUUUUCUGGCGUUCCCAAGACUCUUAGGGCAUUGCUUAAGGAUGCUAGCGUGAUCAAGACUGGGGUCGGGGUGACAGUGGACGGCUGGAAGCUGAGUGAAGACUUCGGUGUUGAG